AUGAAACUCUCCAACAUCAUCCUUGCUGUAUUACUUCUUUCCACACUUCUUUUCAUGAGUGUGAACUAUGGUAAAGCCGAUUCAAUGAAUAAGUACAUUCCUCCUCCACCACCUCCAAAACCCACUUGUCCACCUCCAAAACCUUCUCCAUCUCCACCUGUUGGAAUUCCACCACCAACACCUACACCAUCCAUUGAUGUUUAUGUUCCAACAAGUGCCAACUGUGCCAAUGCAUUCGCAACCAUUACUUCCUACACAUUCCAAAUUUCUGUAUUGUCUCAAUAUAGACAAUGUCGAGCCUUGUUGGUGUGUUUGAAUCGAUGGAUUGAAUUGUUGUUGCAAUUAGUUUUGGCUGGUCUCACUCCAGGUGCCACUUUUUCCAAUACAUUGAGUCCUGUCGUUUUGGAAUUGAAUAAUGCAUUUGGUUAUGUGAAUACUAAUUUGGGUGGAAUUCUAAGCGAGAGUGGAACGACUGUUCAACCAAGACCAACACAACCAAGCGCUUGUACUCUUAUCUUUGCUCCAGUGUUGGCAGCUGACGGAAAUGUUUAUGCCAGUGAGUGUGUUGCUUUCAAUGCCAAUGCUCCUAAUCCAUAUGUGAGUGUGACAGUGAAUUCUGGAUCAAGCUCGAGUGGAUUAACUUUGGCAGAUGUCACUAAUCCUCGAGUGGCAUUGACAACUCUCUAUGCCAAAUAUGUGGUCAAGAUUUUAGGUUUUAUUCAAACUUAUUUGAAUGAAUGUGAAUUGAGUACAGAGACAAGAGUUUACUCCAAUGGUCUCACUUCCAUGAAUAAUGCCUUGGCAUCGAUUGCGUCAGGAGAUUUCAACACUGCCAAAAAUCAAGUCAUCGAAUUUUCAAGAAAUGUUUAA